AUGAAAGUUCAGAUGUUUUUUCACCUUUUCGAUGUUAAUAUGAGAAUAAGGUUCGAAGCACUUCAAAGUGAAGCAGGGAAGAAGCUACUGAGAUCUGGAAGAGUUCCUGAUGAUAUUUCCAGUGUUGUUCUUGUUGAAAAAGAUAGAUCAUAUAUUAAAUCAGAAGCGGUGUUGAAGAUCAUGGAAUACCUGGAAUUGCCUUUCCCUCAGCUUGCAUUCUUCAUGCAAUUCAUACCCUUAUUCGUAAGGGACUUCAUGUAUGACAACGUCGCAAACAACCGGUAUGCGAUUUUUGGGUAUUCGGAUUCGUGCUAGAUAUGAAGCAAUAUAAUGAAUAGUAAGUCAUAUAUCACACAAAGAUGGAGGGCAUCAUGAUAAGCCCUGCUGUAUAUGAGUCCUGAUGUUUUAUCCUGUUUCUUGACUGUUUAUGUUGUAAAUUAUGAAAGGUUUCUCUAUGAAUACGAUACAUAUAUUAAGCAUCUAUCGUGUUUAAAUGUGUCGGUGUCAUGUUUAUUACAUUGUUUCAUCCUGCUGUAUAUGAGUCCUGAUGUUUAAACAUAUAAUAAUCCUAUAGCGAUCCAGAGUUCUAACUCUGCCUCGUAAAAUC